AUGGCUCGACCUCACCCCACACAGAACGUCUCCUUUCAGGAUAACACGCCUCCUUCACGGCGUGCUCGUGAUGAUGCACCUCCCCCUGUCAGCAAAACAUGGUCAAAGACCUCUCUCAAACCCGUAACGUCCAACACUGGUUCCCUCUCAUCUCCACCAGCUCUCGGCUACGAUGAUGACUAUGUGGAUGCCGGUCGAUCCAAUCCUCAAGGGUUCUCAUCUGGCAACGGUGCCGAUGUCAGGCGCAAAAAGAGCAUGGUCAAGCCCGAGCGUGAACGGAUUGACCCCGGUCAUCGUCUCUGGCAUUAUCGAGAAAGGGCAGCAGAAGAUCAAAUGAAUGUCAUGCCGUCAUCGACGGGUAACCAACCAUACGAUCGCCGUUCUGGAGGCGCGAAUCUGCGUCGUGGACGGUCCCUGCUAGCGAGGGACACGGACGAUGCGGAUCAACAGUCUGGUCUCAACAUCUUCAAGCGAGGGGCGACCAUUCGACGUAAAGCGUCACAGGCGAACCCAAGACCCAACAAUUCUGGACAGCCAAAUCGGGCCGGCGCUGCGCCUCAAUCUGAUGAGAGAGUAGGAUGUUUGGGCAACUUUGCCCCGGGACCCAAAGAUGCCUGGAUGGUCUACUGCUUCCUCUUGACAUGCUGGAUCCCUGGCUUUGUCUUGAGGUCAUGCUUCGGACGAAAGACGCCAGAAGCCCAGCGAGCUUGGCGAGAAAAGAUGGGUAUCGUCAGCAUUGUCCUCAGUCUUAUGGCAGCCGUCGGUUUCCUCACUUUUGGCUUCACCCAGACUGUCUGUGGAAAGCAGAAGUUGCGCAUCAAAGGUGGUCAAGCUAACAAUGGAUCGAUUAUCAUCAACGGCUACGAUUAUGACCUUUCCACUUGGAGGCAUCCCGUGGCCGAACCGGCGUUUAACGGCACGACCUCACCUCUGUACAUGACAGAUUGGAUGGCCGGUGGCAAAGACGCCAGUUUCCUCUUCCAAAAUGUCAAUAAGCACUGCUAUGGCAUCAUUACCGCUGCCAGCGGAAGCGGGAUUAAUCACCAGGGCGACGAUAUGGCCUGGUAUUUCCCCUGCAAUCUGCACGAUCAGAACGGGACAUCCCCUACCAAUCUGACUGGAUAUUCUUCCGGGACCAACUGUCAUACAACUCAGAAAGGCCGUGACGCAUUGGAAAAAAUUGCUCCGACCGCGGAGAUUUACUACACCUGGGAUAUGAUCAAGGAUGAACAGCGAAAUCUGGCAGUCUACAGAUCUUCGGUCCUCGAUAUGAGCCUCCUGAAUUGGUUGGACAGCUCGCAGGUCAGCUAUCCCGCCUUUUUUAACACCAUCAAGACGAGAAAUGCUACUUUUGCCGGCAAUGACAUUACUGCCUUCGUGGAGCGGGCAGAUCUCACCAAGUACGCCAUGUGCCUCACAGAUGUCAUCCAAGUCGGCUUCGUUGAUUCGGUCUCCAUUGGGUGUGUCGCGUCCGACAUCGUCCUCUACGUCUCACUGUCUUUCAUCCUCGGCGCCGUCAUGAUCAAAUUCGGAAUGGCUGUGUUGUUCGGUUGGUUCCUCAGUUGGCGUCUAGGCAAUUUUGAAGGAGAAAGCUACCAGCAACGAAUGAAGCGAGCAAACGAGAUUGAGAACUGGACUUCGGAUAUCUACAAGGCUGCGCCCGGAUACAUGCGACCCAACGCGGCUAAAGAUCGAUCUGCAAAUGCCCGAAAGACCAUGUUCUUCCCCACUACGUCGAGAUUCAGUCGCGCUGAGCCCAUGCUGGUCACAUCGUCGCGACCCACGACGAUGUAUGGAGAUGCGCAGAAAUCGCGCCAAGCGCCCAGCAUGUAUGGUAACCGACUCACUCCCAAUCCUCUGCAUACCACCCCGCCCGGAUCGCCCAUGCUUCGACAAUCUCGUAGUUCAACGUCUUUGCCAUUCCGAGAAGACUCGCACGCGUCUCUCUCCGACCACGGCUCCUAUUCGGCACAGACCAAUUGUCCUUUCCCGCUUGGCAACAUUGUCCCGCAACCUGCCCCUGACUUUGAGCCCUUCCAAUUCCCUUUGGUACAUUCGAUCUGUUUAGUCACUGCCUACACCGAAUCAGUCGAGGGUCUCCGAACGACUCUUGAUUCCCUUGCCACGACGGAUUAUCCGAAUAGUCACAAGUUGAUCAUGGUCAUCUGUGACGGAAUGGUUCGAGGUUCUGGAUCCAAGCAAUACACCCCCGACAUCGUACUGGGCAUGAUGCGAGAGCUUGUCGAGCCACCUGACGAGGUUCAGGCUCACUCGUAUGUCGCUAUCGCAGACGGUCACAAGCGUCACAACAUGGCGAAAGUCUACGCUGGCUUCUAUCAAUACGAUCCCGAGACCGUAGAGCCCUCCAAGCAGCAACGAGUACCCAUGGUCCUUGUAGCCAAGACCGGUAACCCGCUGGAACGAACUGAUCCCAAGCCAGGAAACCGAGGAAAGCGGGAUUCGCAAAUUGUGCUCAUGUCUUUCUUGCAAAAGGUCAUGUUUGAUGAGCGGAUGACGACCUUCGAGUACGAAUACUUCAACAGCAUCUGGCGUUGUACAGGCAUCACUCCUGACAAAUACGAGACGGUCUUGUGUGUAGAUGCGGACACCAAAGUCUUCCCGGAUUCGCUCACACGAAUGAACGCUUGUAUGGUCAACGAUACUGAGAUCAUGGGUUUGUGUGGUGAAACGAAGAUUGCGAACAAGUCUGAGACCUGGGUCACAAUGAUUCAAGUCUUCGAGUACUAUAUCUCACAUCACUUGACCAAAGCCUUUGAGUCAUUCUUUGGUGGUGUCACCUGUCUACCGGGAUGUUUCAGCAUGUACAGGAUCAAGGCGCCCAAAGGCGACCGAGGCUACUGGGUUCCUAUCCUUGCAAAUCCCGACAUUUGCGAGCAUUACUCGGAGAACGUCGUCGACACACUGCACAAGAAAAACCUGCUCUUGCUUGGAGAAGAUCGAUAUUUAUCGACUUUGAUGCUUAAGACCUUCCCAAAGCGAAAGAUGGUAUUCUGCCCUCAGGCUGUCUGCAAGACCAUCGUCCCAGACACCUUCCGAAUUCUGCUAUCCCAACGUCGUCGAUGGAUCAACUCGACUGUCCACAAUUUGUUCGAGUUAAUGCUGGUGCGGGAUCUUUGCGGAACCUUCUGCUUCUCGAUGCAGUUUGUCGUUUUCAUGGAUCUCGUCGGAACUCUUGUUCUGCCCGCAGCCAUCUCCUUCACGCUCUAUAUCAUUACCAUCUCGAUCAUCCCCAAGUCGAUCACUCAUCUCGAACGGCCUAUCGUGUCGCUGAUCUUGCUGGCCUUCAUUCUUGGUUUGCCCGGUGUGCUCAUCGUCAUCACCUCCCGAAAGGUCGCCUACGUCGGAUGGAUGUUGAUGUACCUCCUCUCUUUACCCAUCUGGAACUUGAUCCUGCCUGCCUACGCAUACUGGCACAUGGAUGACUUCACUUGGGGGGAGACCCGAAAGAUUGUCGGAGAGCAGAAGGAACUUGCUCACGGAGUCAAAGAAGGAACGUUCGAUUCCAGUCACAUUGUCAUGAAGAGAUGGGUGGACUUUGAACGAGAAAGACGGUGGCAGAGCGGGACCCAGUCCAGAGACUCGCAGUAUGACGCCGUUUAUCGAUCAACUUCGCCGAGAAGUACCGGUGUGCCUUCCCACCGAUACUCGAUGGCUUCUACUAGCGAGACAUUCAACAGCGGGCCCGACGGAUAUUUCCGUCAAAGCACCAGUUUCUCUUCGAUGCCCAUGCAGGAACCGAACAUCUCGCAAUUGGCUCUACCUUCGGGUCGCCUUCCGAUCGGCCGCGAUCCAUCUCCCUCAUCGACAGAGUCAGGCGGUGACCCUCAUUACCCAGGAGAUGAGAGCGAGCAAUUGUCGCAGUUGUCCCCUCACCUUAGCACCACGACAUCGGAAGCCGCUUUGAUCUCUCCUGGUAGCUACGCAGCUCCUGUCUUUGCAGAGCCCGAUUCCAUGAGCCAACACAACAAUUACAGCCGCCCUCGUCAACACUCACACGGUAGAGGUGUAUCAUUGGUUGAUUCAGGGCCGGUCCCCGUUGCACCGCAUGAUCCUGUUCGUCGAGUUUCCCGUCACGUCAGGCGUCAAUCAUCACGAAAUCAAAUGGCCAAGUCUGCCUCAGGCGGCGUUCAAGAUAAUAGCAGCCUGCCUCCUGGAGCUGCUCCCCCGCAAUAUUAA